AUCGAUGUAUAUCUACCGCUGCACUCUGCCUUCGACCUCUCAAAUCUCCCAAUUUUGAAGCGGAAGCAUGAAGCGGGGGUACGACGAAACCCCCUCCACCUCCUUCGGCCCGCCUAAAUCCAAGCUCAGACUCGAUUCCUACGGUGAAUCCCGUGCUGUGGAGGAUAAGAGCUUCGAGAAUGCCCGAAGAGUGGCGGAUCAUUACAGUGCGAGGUCGAAUCAGACGCUGGAGGAGCGCGAGGCGAGCCCCAUCAUCCAGUUGAAGAAGCUUAACAAUUGGAUUAAAAGUGUCCUCAUUCAGCUGUAUGCUCGCCCAAAAGAUGCUGUUCUUGAUAUUGCUUGUGGGAAGGGUGGUGACUUGAUCAAAUGGGACAAAGCAAGAAUUGGAUAUUACGUGGGGGUGGAUAUAGCAGAGGGCUCUAUACGAGACUGUCAGACUCGAUAUAAUGGAGAUUUAGACCAGCAACAACGCAGGAAGAAGUUCAGUUUCCCUGCACGCCUAAUUUGUGCUGAUUGUUAUGAGGUUCGCUUAGACAAGUAUUUGCGUGAUGAUGCACCAUUUGAUAUUUGCAGCUGCCAGUUUGCUUUACACUACUCAUGGUCAACUGAAGCACGUGCAAGGCAAGCAUUGGCGAAUGUAUCUGCAUUGCUUCGGCCUGGAGGAACUUUUAUUGGGACAAUGCCUGAUGCAAAUGUGAUUAUCAAAAGGCUCAGGGAAGCUGAAGGAUUAGAAUUUGGGAACAGUGUUUAUUGGAUAUGCUUUGAUGAAGAAUAUUCUUCCAAGAAAUUCAAACCAUCUAGCCCAUUUGGAGUCAAGUACAAGUUUCAUUUAGAGGAUGCUGUUGAUUGUCCUGAGUGGAUUGUUCCAUUUCAUGUCUUCAAGUGCCUAGCAGAAGAGUAUGAUCUGGAGCUCAUUUUUGUGAAAAACUCACAUGAGUUUGUUAAUGAGUUUUUAAAAAAGCCUGAGUUUGUUGACCUCAUGCGAAGACUCGGUGCUCUAGGCGAUGGAAAUCAGGAUCAAAGCACAUUAUCUCAGGACGAGUGGGAUGUGGCGUACCUCUACUUGGCGUUUGUGUUGAGAAAGAGAGGUCAGCCAAGUUCAAGUCGGAGGAACAGCAACAUCAAUAAAGGGAAAAUGCACAUAUCAGAGGAUGACAUCGAGUUCAUCAGUAGCUGAGUUUUCUUUUGUUUUGGUUAAGACGGUGCUCCAGUCCGCGCUAUCAUACAAAGAGCGUUGGGGUCUACAUGACAGUACUCAUGGAGCUAACAAAUAAUAAAGCAAGCAGGAUAAGAUUUAUACAAAUGGGUUUGGCUAAAAUCUGUUUCCUAGUGGAAGUUAGAUAAAUUGAUGAUGAAAAUUUCUUUCUGGUGUACUAGCAGACUAAUUACUUGUUUAUUUUUUGUUACAAAGAAAAAGCUAGCAUCUUACUUGUUCCAAUGACUGAUUGUACCAGAGUUUGCUAACAGUUGGAUCUGUCUUCUUAAAUUGCAGUAGCUCCUCAAGUAGAUAGAUCUUCA